GUCAUGUUAUUUUCCGUGUUCAAAUUUUUUUAUUAUCGGUUUUCACAGUCCCAUCACUCUCUCACCCCACUUCACCUUACUCUGUAAAAAAUGUCGCACAAUUUCCUCAUCCAAAAUCCUAUCCCUGUUCCUCUUUUCUUCAUCCUUUGAAUAUUGUUCAAUAUUCAGUUUCCUAAAAGAAAAAAAAUCAUAGAUUCAUCUGAGAAAAUCAUAUUUUCCCAAUUUGCAGGCGAAAUCGAGUAAAAAGCGAAGAUGAAAUCUAUGAAUCUCGUGGAUUCAUGGGUCCAAACCUGCUCCGCCUUCCGGCGGCCGUCCCAGCUCAAAUCCCUAAUCAGCUUCGCCGCAAUCGAUCCCGUAUUCUACAGAUCCCGGCGCCGCGCCUCCGCCCUCACCGUCUCCGCCGUAAUCGCCGAGGAUGGCGCGAAAACCGGCGCCACCGUGGGGGAGAAACCGCACUUCAAUUUCAAGGCCUACGUGGUGGAGAGGGCCGAUUUUGUCAACAGGGCCCUCGACGACGCCGUUUCGGUCAGGGACCCGCCGGCGAUCCACGAGGCGAUGCGGUACUCACUCCUGGCCGGCGGGAAGCGGGUCCGGCCGAUGCUGUGCCUCGCCGCCUGCGAGGUGGUUGGAGGGCAGGUGUCCGCCGCCGUCCCAGCUGCCUGUGCGCUGGAGAUGAUCCACACCAUGUCCUUGAUCCAUGACGACCUGCCGUGUAUGGACAACGACGAUCUCCGCCGCGGGAAGCCCACCAAUCACAAGGUGUACGGCGAGGACGUGGCCGUGCUCGCAGGUGAUUCCCUACUAGCAUACGCGUUCGAGUUCAUGGCCACGGCCAUAACCGACGUCCCCUCUGACCGUGUCCUGGCGGCAGUUGGCGAGCUGGCGAAGGCCAUUGGCACGGAGGGCCUUGUGGCUGGCCAGGUGGUCGACCUCAGCUGCACGGGCGCCAACUCAUCAGUCGGGCUCGACACUCUCGAGUUCAUACACUUGCACAAGACAGCCGCCUUGCUCGAGGCUUCUGUGGUCAUCGGGGCUAUUUUGGGCGGAGGGAAUUCGGAGCAGGUGGAGAAGCUAAGGACAUUCGCCCGCAAAAUCGGGCUGCUUUUUCAGGUGGUGGACGAUAUUUUGGACGUGACUAAGUCGUCUGAGGAGCUCGGUAAGACGGCUGGGAAGGACUUGGCGGUGGACAAGACGACUUACCCGAAGCUGAUGGGGCUGGACGAGGCUCGGGAAUUUGCCGGGAGGCUGAACGAGGAGGCCAAGGAACAGCUGGCGGGUUUCGAUGGGGAGAAGCGGGCCCCGCUGGCGGCGCUGGCCGAUUACAUUGCUCACAGGCAGAAUUAGGGUUUAACAUGAAAUUGGAUUUGGUGGAGAUAAAAUUGUGUGGGCUUUUUGCAGCUUUGCUGAGGUUGUGAAAGGGAUGUAUAAGAUCAGUUUUAUUUUCAAAUUUCAGGUAAGUCCAUCUUUGAGGGGGAAAAGCUGAUUUUUUUUUUUAUUUUUAAAACUUUAUGAGUGAGGCACAAGUGCAAAUGAAUUGGUAUAGUACAACCCAAACUUAUCAACAACAGUUAAUAAGAGAGGAACACUGGGGAAAUUAACAAAGUUCCCCCUCACAGGCCAACUUAGUUAACAAGCAACAAGAAGCACAAAAAGAAGAGUAUAUACUAGGAAUAUUAUUAUUAUUAUUGUUAUUCAGCAUUUGUAUAAGAAUAAUGUUGCAUAUGUAAAGUUGUUAAUAGAGGAUAGCACCUUUAGUUAUUUCAGUCAUAGUAUAAAUAUCUCUCUUAUAGGCAUUUGUACAUACACUUUCAUUUUCUUCAUUCUCAAACCCUAAUACACAAA